UGAAGACUCACCUUGGAUUGAUUCUCUUCUCCCCGCCGCAAGUUCCCCGCACUGUUCUGUUUCCGGCCUUUUGGCACUAAGUAUUCCUCAAGAUGCCUCCUGCCCGGGAUGCCAUGGCUCACCGUGGGGAUGACGAUGAGGUGUGCCCUGUCUGCAAAUCCUCCCGUUACUUGAACCCGGACAUGCGAUUCCUCAUCAAUCCAGAAUGCUAUCACAAGAUGUGCGAGUCCUGUGUGGAUCGGAUCUUCUCCUCAGGCCCUGCCAACUGUCCCGUCGCGGGCUGCCACAAGACCCUGCGCAAGAACCGAUUUCGGAAGCAAACGUUUGAGGACAUAAAUGUUGAAAGAGAGGUUGACAUUCGGCGCAGGGUGAUGCAGGUUUUGAAUCGCCGCGAAGAAGAGUUUGACUCGAAACGAGCUUACGACGACUUUCUGGAACAACGCGAAGAGAUAAUCGCAAAUCUCGUACACGGGACGGAUGUGGCAAAGACGGAGAGUGACUUGCAGCGAUACGCUUCGGAGAACAUGCGGUCGAUUCGCGCCAACCAAGCCCUCGAAGCGCAGGAGGCCUCAUCCUUCCGAGAACAACAGACACAAGAGCAAGAAUUGGCGCGUCUUCGGCGAGAGGCGGCCCGUCAGGAAUACGAGAAUGAACGAAAGGAGCUGCUUGCCGGCCGGGAAGAUGUUCUCAGCCGUCUUGCUGCAGGUCGACCAGGUGACGCAGCGGCCAUUGCUCGCGAGGGUCAAAAGGUCUUGCUCAAGAAAUCUUCUGCCCGUCGUAGUGAGGAGGAUCGGAUCCGACAGAAGCAGGCUGCUUUGCGCAACUCGGAUGCCAGGAAAGCCGGACAGGGACCCCUUACCACGGCCGACAGGGCCGAUGACGGUGGUGCCCCGAGCCUCAUCAAAGGUCUUAAGAAGAUUAAGACUCCUGAGCCCGAGAAGCCUUACGAUCCUUUUGGUGGGCUGGUUCCCAACCAGAGGGAUUACUAUACCUUGCGCGACUAUUACCCGAACAGCUACCUCGACCCCAUUCGACAAGACUCUCGUAUGCAGGCAGGCGGGUACGACCUUCAGGAAUACUACUCACGUACUCUGAUGGAGGCUUUUGCAGGGUUGGGCUGUUUCCUUGACGAAGAAGUCUCCAAGCGGGAUAUUACAAAUACCUCGAAUGUUUCGAGGCCUGUUGCUACUGAAGGGGCUGCAUUGGCGGCAGUCUCAAGUACAGGCGCCCCGGAAGAAAGCUCGUGACCUACAAGCGCUUUUGCAAAAUCUGUCAUUCUUUUCUUUCCCGCUAAUAGAGGUCUGGGUUUCUUAUUUUCAAAGAAUGGCCGCGGCGUUUCGGACAUUAUGUGGCAUAGCGAUGGCGUUCUUGACCAUGAUUUUGAGCAUAG